AUGUCAACUCGCCCAGAAAACAGUUUUGCCAACACCACCUUCCAGGCUUUGGUCAACAGCGAUCCUCAGAUUGCUCACCUCAAGGAUGGAGCAUACUCUAAGGCUGCCAGCCCUGAGCGUUUCAACAUUACCAAGGCCGGUCUUGAGGCCAAGGGCUUCAAAGUCACUAUCGCUGAAAACAAGGACGAGGCUUAUGAGAAGCUUAAGAGUCUCAUCCCUGCAGGCGCUUCUAUAAAUCUUGCACACAGCACAACCCUUGAAGAAAUUGGAUUCAUUAACUAUCUUAUGGGAGAAACCCCUUAUGUCAACAUUCGUGCAAAGAUCCUUGCAGAAAAGGAUCCCGUCAAGCAAGCAGAGCUCCGUCGUAUCGAUGGUACUACAGUCGACUACUUUUUGACCUCCAUGUGUGCUGUCACCGAGAAUGGUGAGUUGGCACAUGGUGAUCAAACGGGCACCAAAGUUGGUGGUGUCGCCUUUGGAGCCAAGAACGUGAUUGUGGUUGUUGGAUCCAAUAAGAUUGUCAAGGACGAGGCCGAGGCCUUUAAGAGGACCACAGAAUGGUGCCUACCCUUCGCUAGCGCCUUUUCUAGAGAAGUCUUCAAGGCCCCAGGCGCAUCCCUGAACAAUUACCAGGUCAUUCGACAGGCCAAUCCCUUCAACCCUGACCGCAUCCAGGUCUUACUCAUCAACGAGGCUCUCGGUGCUUAA